AGGUGCUCAUUAGGAGGAUUGUGUUGGCAGAGUCUCUUUGAGCGUGUGAAGCUGCUUCUUUAAGAGAGAGUUUCCUGCUCAUCUGCUGGCUGUGUGCAUCCUACAGCUGGCUGGCAUCAGCUCCAGGAGGCAGGCAUUAAUUGGGCUGUUCCUUUCCAUUCUGGCAAUGGGUGGUCUUCUUGGCAAGAACAAGAGGCUCUGUGUGUUCCCUAAGAAAGUUACUUUUCGUAAGACCAAGGGGAAAAAGGCAUCUGGGACUGCAGGUAUGUCCUGUGAUGCUUCAACGUGGACUGGGGAGAACCAUUUUUAUUCAGCACGCAUAGGAAGGACCCCCAGAGCCCCUGAACCUUCUCUUGCACAGUCAGAUUCCUUAAACACCCCUGAAGGUGAAUCUGCUGCUCAAGCUAAAAAGGAUGUAGGAGCUGCAUCUCUGCACAUACAACAUACUGAGGUCUCACUUCGUGCCUCUUCUAGAGAUGCACGCAAUAGUGAGGAGCCACAGGACCCUGAAACCAAACCCAGCACAGAGGGGAUGAAGAACCAGAAGCUUGCUGAGCAGCCAAAACAAGAAGCCCAAUCUGCCAGAGGCAAUCUACAAGGGAUGAGGAAAGCUCAAGCUGAUGAGCAUCCUACUGGUGCCUGUAUACCCCAUGAGCAACCCAGCUGCAGGGAUGAUGAAGUGAGGCCUCUCACUGAGACAACUGUGAAGGCUGAAGUCCACGUGUGUGCAGAAGCCCAAGGUGAGGUUCAGCCUGCUAGAGUGGAGUCCAGGCUGUCAAUCCCUGCAGAAGAAGAUGCAACAGUUCUGUGUGAUUCAGAGGAAACUCGUGAGGGAAAGGAUCAUCAUGAAGUGCCUGUGGAGAAGGCAGCUGAGUCCCCACCUGCUCUGUGUACCAUGCAGGAGUCAGAGCUGCUUUUGAAGGCCAUGGAGACAAGAGAAGACAUCACAAGUAUGCAGAGAGGUGCAGAAAAGCAAGCAGGAGAAGAGAAAGCACACUUUUCUGCUAAAGCCUCACCUGAUCCCCACUUGGAACAUGAUAAAGAGGUUCCUACUCAGGAGUAUGUGGAAGAAAAUGCUUUUGAAUCAGAGCAAGCUGAAGAACAGACUGAGGUUGGUGAUGAUGGACAAACAUCAAAUGAGAUCCCAUGCUGCCAGGCAGAAACCCAGGCUGCUCUGCAGGAUAAGGAGGAGAUCAAAGCCAGCAAUGGGGGAAAACAGCCUGCUGAUGAGGAGUGUUGAAAGAGCACACGGAGCCUGGUGCAGCCACCACUGAGCAGGCUGAGGGUUUGUCUGCAGCAGAGCAAAGAAUCUGCUGCCUUGAUCCUGCAAGGAACCAGAAUGGACAAGUAACCAGUGGCUGCUUGCAUCCUAGUGGGCACAGCGGGCAAGUUGUUUACGAAGCCUGCUUUAGAAAGUGGGACUCAAACAGCAAGCUGGUGCAUAGCCUUCCACAGGUGGCACUGACCCCCUUCUUUCCCUAACAGGGGGGUGGUGAAGGGACACAAGUAUAUUUCAGUACAAGAAGUGUAUUUAUGUAUAUUACUUUUUUCCACAUGCACAUACACCUGAGCAAGGGUUAUAGAGUUUGUAGUUCUCUCCCUCUGUGUAACUACACAGGGUUAAGUCUUUAACAAACAAGCCAGAUUUAUUAAUUACAUGUGUCUGUGCACCUCACUCUGACUGUCACUGUUUGAAGCUAUGUUGUGUGGUCUGCAAUGCAACUGGAACCAAUAAAUGGGCAUGUUUUAAUGCUUG